UGGGUCAUUUGUAAGAAACUCUUCUAAACUGUUAAGAGAUCUGAGGUUGUUAGCAUUUAGCAAGUUAGAAAUUUAGAUUUACAUUUAAAAAAAAUAAAAGUUAGAGAUUUAGAUAUAAGAUCUGAUUCAUAUCUGUUCCAGCUAGCUCCAAUCACUGCUGUAGUUGUACACAGGUAGUUUAGUACAAAUCUAAUGGUUGAACAGAUUUCACGUUAAGAGUUACCCUGGAAGCUUCACUUUGAUGGUCAUGGAGACUGGUUAUCAGAUCAGAGUGGGGAAACACUAGUAAGGUAACUCCUGUUUCUGGGUAUAUCGAAAGGAAGGAAAGAGAAUGAGGCCUGCAGAGGACAAGGGUUGUUAUAAUUAUAGAUCAACACAGGAGAUUUCAAGCAGCUCUGCUAUUAGUUUUGAGUUCCAUAAAGGAAAUGGUACAAAUCAGGGGUUUAAUCCUAGGACAGCCUUGGGGAAACCAACUCCAUCAAAAUGGGAUGAUGCACAGAAGUGGGUAGUUGGAUUGUCAAGAGGAGAUCGAAAUCGUUCCAAGACUAAACCUCGAAACUCAAAUGCAGAUGACAGGAGAUUAAUUGAUCCUGUUCCACAAAUGGAGAAGGAUUCUUCUAGUAGCACAGAUGAAGGUAUCGAAGAUGGAAGCCCAUGCCCUGCAAUUUCCAUUCAGGAUGAAGGAGAGACUAAGAAGGUCGAUUGUAACGAGUCAUUGUGGCGAAUCAACAAGCAUUUGGAGGAUCCAUCAUCAGCCAUUAGAUCUGUUUGUGUGAGAGACAUGGGAACAGAGAUGACCCCCAUUGCAAGUCAAGAGCCUUCAAGGACAGCUACACCCAUUAGAGCCACAACACCAGCAGCAAGGAGUCCUAUCUCUUCUAGAUCAUCAACUCCAGGAAGGUGUCGACAAGGUGCACAAGCUCUUGAAAACUACCAAACAGGUCUCACAACAUUGGAAUGCAGAAAUGAAGCUGCAGGUUUUGGUAGGGCAGGGGGUGCAACCAGGUGGUCUAACAGAGAGGAAGAAGAAGCCAAUGCUUGCAAGGUAAUUGAGUAUAAGAACAGUGAGCAAGCAAGGAAGCCCAGUCCUCUAGAGACCCGGGCCAUGGCCUGGGAUGAAGCUGAACGAGCAAAAUACAUGGCCAGGUACAAGCGUGAAGAGGUGAAGAUACAGGCUUGGGAAAACCAUGAGAAGAGGAAAGCAGAAAUGGAAAUGAAGAGGAUGGAGGUGAAAGCUGAAAGGUUGAAAUCUAGAGCACAAGAGAGGUUAGCAAACAAGGUAGCAGCGGCUCGCAGAAUAGCAGAAGAAAAACGAGCAAAUGCUGAGGCUAAACUGAAUGAGCAAGCUGUGAGGACUUCUGAGAGGGCAGACUACAUAAGGAGGACGGGUCAUUUGCCCUCUUCCUUCUCCUUUAAGCUGCCUUCACUCUGCUGGUGAGGACAUAACAGUAUACUGUGGUAUUAUCAAUCAGCUGGUACUUCUUUUAGUUCCCUCACCAUCCCAAGAGAGAGGGAGAAUAAAAGAUCGUUGGUAAUUCUUGUUGUAUUACUUCAUUCUGUUAUGCAGAACUUUGGAUCUAAUGCAGAUUGUUUUCA